AUGAAGUUGAACGUUUCCUACCCGGCCAAUGGGUCGCAAAAAUUGAUCGAGAUCGAAGAUGAGCGCAAGCUGCGCGUCUUCAUGGAGAAGCGCAUGGGCAACGAAGUGCCAGCUGACAGCUUGGGUGAUGAAUGGAAGGGCUACAUCGUCCGCAUCACCGGCGGUAAUGACAAGCAAGGCUUUCCCAUGAAGCAGGGUGUCAUGCUCCCUACUCGUGUCAAGCUCCUCCUCUCCGAAGGCCACUCCUGCUACCGACCCCGACGGACUGGUGAACGCAAGCGCAAGUCCGUCCGUGGCUGCAUUGUCGGGCAAGAUCUCUCCGUCCUCGCUCUCUCCAUCGUCAAACAGGGAGACGGUGAUAUACCGGGUCUUACGGAUGUGGUCAAUCCCAAGCGCCUCGGUCCCAAGCGUGCCACCAAGAUCCGACGAUUCUUCGGUCUAAGCAAGAACGACGAUGUUCGCAAGUUCGUCAUCCGCCGCGAAGUCGUCCCCAAGAAGGAAGGCGCCAAGCCGUACACCAAGGCUCCCAAGAUCCAGAGACUUGUCACCCCUCAACGCAUGCAACACAAGAGACAUCGCAUUGCCUUGAAGAGAAGACGGGCUGAGGCCGCCAAAGAUGCUGCGAACGACUAUGCUCAGUUGCUGGCCAAGCGUGUGCAUGAGGAACGUGAGAAGAGAACCGAGCUGAGGAAGAGACGUGCCUCUUCCAUGAGGAAGUAG